UCCGCCGCUACCUCGAGCCGUAAAUCACCAUCUUCGUAAACCUGUCAGUGGAGUUGAGGAGCGUGAGGAUAAACGCAUCGUCGCCGUGUGGGAGGUGAUUUGAUGGAAGGAGGAGAGAAACUGAGGAGAUGAAGUGAUUCCAACCGUGGAACAUUUUUAUCUCUUUAAAUUUACACCUGAGAAAAUCCAGCGGACAGGAUUUAAUCCUGUGGAAAGUGAGUCUGGAGGGAAAGCUGCACCUUCUCUCUGGAUUGGCACAGUUUAAAACCAAACCUGAGGAUCUGCUCCCACCUUUCUGGAAUUUCUGAGAGUGUUGCUCUGAGUUCUGGUCAUGCAGCUGUUUUAACUGCUCAGGAAACAAAAGGGGAAAAGAAGCCAACCCUUCAAAAUUCCUGAGACAGCCCUUCUUAGCCCUUCUUAAACAUGGAGAACGUCUCAGUCCUGGUCUCAGUACCACUGCCGAUCUGUAACGAUUCUGUGGACUCCUACUCAGUGACAGGAAACCGUUCUGAGCUGAACUGCACCCCUCCCUCAGAGUUCUACUUCUACGCUGACCUUUACGUCAUCCUGCCCAUCAUCUACUCUGUGAUCUGCGCCGUGGGGCUGACGGGAAACACGGCCGUCAUCUAUGUGAUCCUCAAAGCACCCAAAAUGAAAACGGUCACCAACAUGUUCAUCUUGAACUUGGCCAUCGCCGACGACCUGUUCACUCUGGUGUUGCCCAUCAGCAUCGCCGAGCACCUGCUCAACUAUUGGCCCUUUGGGGAGGUCCUCUGUAAGGUCAUCCUCAGCAUUGACCACUACAACAUCUUCUCCAGCAUCUACUUCUUGACCGUGAUGAGUAUUGAUCGCUACCUGGUUGUCCUGGCAACAGUGAGGUCCAAGCGCAUGCCUUACCGCACCUACCGAGCAGCCAAGAUCAUCUCCCUGUGUGUGUGGAUCCUCGUCAUCCUCAUCGUCAUGCCCUUCACGGUGUUUGCCGGCGUCUACGUGAACCCAACUGACGGCAGGAAGAGCUGCGUGCUCAGCUUCCCGAGCCCCGAGAGCCUGUGGUUCAAAACCAGCCGCAUCUACACACUCAUCCUCGGCUUCGCCAUCCCCGUCUCCACCAUCUGCAUCCUGUACACCAUGAUGCUGUACAGGCUGAGGAACAUGCGGCUCAACAGCAACGCCAAAGCUCUGGACAAGGCCAAGAAGAAAGUCACCAUCAUGGUCUUCAUCGUCUUGGCCGUGUGCCUGUUCUGCUGGACACCGUUCCACCUCAGCACCAUCGUAGCGCUGACCACGGACCUGAGGACCACACCGCUGCUCAUCGGGAUCUCCUACUUCAUCACCAGCCUGAGCUACGCCAACUCCUGCCUCAACCCGUUCCUCUACGCCUUCCUGGAUGACAGCUUCAGGAAGGCCUUCAAGAAGAUGUUGGAGUGCAGACCAGCCUGAACGGUGGGUGCAGAAGACCACCGCAGAGCAGAAACAGAGGAACGGGAGUCUGGGAGAGAUGAGGAGGGCCUGUGGGGGCAGGUGGACCUCUGCUGCGGGGCUUUGGUAAGCUGCACUGGGCGAGAUAAACUGUAGGCUCAAUAUAAAGCUGAACUAUUUAAAUGUGAAACCUUAAAUCACAGAGACUGAAGCUUCCUUUGCAUUUCCACAGAUCCUUUCUGGGACUCAGUAACAGGGUUAGUAACACCCCGCAUCACAAACAGCUAAAUUAAACCCACAUCUUUAAAAAUGUAAAUAAUCAGUGGUCAGAUGCUGCUGUAUGAUCGAAACUGUUUUUCAGAGGAGAGUUGUUCGGACCACUAAUCCAACACAUGACACAAUCUUUUUGUAUUUAUUACACAAACACACUGUUUCACUAACAGCAUCAGCUCUGCAUGUGAGGCUGCAGCGUGGCUCACACUGUGGGCAGUUCCACACCUACACAGACAGCUGACUGACACCAAACCCACACGUCUGUCUGGAUGUGAUGCAAAUUCAAAAAUACAAAGAUAAAAGCAUUUUUUAAAACACUGAGCAAGCAAAAUACACAGAAACAAAGUGAAGAAUGAAAAACGUCACCUUCUCAAACUGGUUCACUUUAACCGGCCUGUAUGCCGUUUAUUUUAGUCGCCCUCAGAGAACACGCAGCAGGACUGCAGCACAAUAUGUGGCUGAUUUUGGAAGUGAGGUUUCAAAUGCAUCAAAUACAUUUUUUAAUCAGAAAUCAGGAACUUAUUACAGACUCUUAAUGAUACACAGAUCAGCCACCCUGUAAAAGACACACACACACACACACACACACACACACACACACACACACAGCCUGGUCAAUGUGUAAAGAACCAAAGCUGUGCCCAUCAUGCAGUGAGCAUCAGUCGCUUUUAUGAAAGUUUAAAAAAGAAAGUCCAAUUAUGAGGCAGUGAGCUGUGACACUGACUGAACUUUGACCCCUUGGAGGCAGUGCUCAGCCCUCUGAGAGCACACAGACAUCUGCUCCAAGAGCUGUGGGUCAGGAGGAGGCAGGCUGUGAGAGGCUCACUGUAACAGGAGGACAUCCAUUGAAUUAUCUAUGCUGAGUGUGAACACUGAAUCUGGAUCACCUGAGGUGUGUUUCUGAGGGUGCAGCUCUAUGAAGGAGGAUUUCUCCCUUCAGACUGACUGUAGGAGCCGGCAGCAGGCCUGACGGAGGGCGGCCUCAGAACCACUCGAUCGGCUUUGUUGCUUCUGUGAGUGUAUGUCGCCCCCUGCUGACCACAGGGUGGCAGUGCCUGAAAAUGCAGCUGUACACACACACACAUGCACGUGCACAGAGCUACCUGCAGUUUGUGGAGGCUGAAAACAAGGUAAACGGCUGCAGAGUGACUGUGUGGAGAAAAGCUCUCACCCCAGCGCGUGGCUCUGUGCUACUAACAAUACUACAAAUAUAUGUUUAAAUUCUAAGCAGUUAUGGAGCAGAGGUUAAAACUCCACAUUCAGACUUCAGGUUUGUGCAUAUUUUUGUGUAAUUUUAUGCCCAACAUUCAUGUUGAUUUUGUGUCUUUGGAUGUAACCUGUGAAUACUCCAGAGCUCCUGCUGUGGGGCUUCCUGUUCCCAGCAGAAACUGAGCCCUUCCUGAUGGGAAAUAUUGACCCCGCGGACUUUACAUGCUCCUUCUCCAGCUCCAUAACUGGACAAGCUCGGAACAGGAAAUGCAAACAGUGGGAGCUCAGCAGCACAUUCGAUUUUCUCUGAACCCCCUCAAAUUCACGCCAUCCAUCCAUGGCUGUAAGUUUAAGCAGGACUCAGAGAGGACGAGAAGGAUGGGCCCGAUUCCCUACACAGAUGUGGAGUUUCCGUCAUGUGUCCAGCUUUAGUUUUUCUCUCUGGUUUGAUGCUGACGGUGAAACAUGUGAUGCAGUGUGUCUGUGACGCUGCAUUCAUCCUGUGUUAGAUGCAGCGAAUCUUCGCUUUCAUAAACAUGAUAAUCAGAGCUUCAUGUGACUGCACGCUGUGAAUAAUCUUACUGUACAGAUGAUUGUAAAGUCAUAACCAUGUCAAAGCUAAUGUGCUCUCACUUAGAAAUCAUUUCUCAUGUAAACAAAGAACCUGCUUCAUUGUAUUUUUGAUAUUUUAGACUCAGAGUUGUUUG